AUGAUGGAGCGACGUAGAGUCUCCUGCACCUUCGGGUCCGGCGGCUCGCCGCACCGGCAGCCCGCCAGCCGCUACAUCGACGCGUUCGGCGAGAUCGUCGGCCUGCCGUCGCCGCGCAGCGCCUGCGACGAGCCGGAGUCGACGGCCGGCGAGCUGCAGUACGGGCCGGGUAUCGUCUCGCGACUGUGCAGUCGCUACCAGUCGAUGGCCGGGCGUGUCGCCGCCACUCCGUGCGACGAGGCAAUGCGGCGCGCCGCCAGCCUCCAGGACCUGCUGCGCCGAGAGGGGGCGUUCGAACGGGGCGCUCUCCAGGACAGCUACCUGCUGACGGGCGGCGGCGCGCUCUCCGCCCCGCCCGCCUGGGCCGAGUCGAUAAGGAAAGCAAAGUCCGUCGGGGACCUGCCACUGCAGGACAGCCUGCCGGCCAGGAAGUCCAGCCUGCCGACCGCCGACACGGUGAGCAACGUGAAGCGACUGUUCGAGCCGCCCUCGGGCGGGGGCGGGGGCGGGGGCGGGCCGCUGGAGCCGGAGAAAGGCAGCGCGUCCGGCGGCGGCCGGCCGGCCGGCGCAGACGCCCUGUUCCCGCCCGCCGCGGAUGACGUGCCGGUGCCGGCGGACCGCCCGAUGACUGUGAACAUGGUGGGGAUGGUGUUGAGCGGCGGCCGGCCCGUGGCGACCGGGCCGGUGCUGCCCGACGGGCCGGUGACUAGGGCCUCCCUGGCGGCCGCCGUGAAGCGCAGCAGCCCUCCGCUGACCGGGGGUGACCCGGCCCGGUUCAGCUCGGCCCAGGCGGUAAACGCCCGGCUCAUAUCCGCCGCCGCGGAGACCUCCGGCGAGGCGACCGGUAACGGAGCCGGCCGGCCGCCGGCGCCGGUCAACACCACACUCGCCUGGCACCAGCGCGUCAACAACAGCAUCCUGUACAACUUCACCGACCGCAGCGAGGUGCCAGACUACAUCGAGGAUGACGGCAUGGACAUCCAUCGGCCGGCCAAACCCAAGCCUAACGACACGGCGUACGUGCUUCUGGCGGGCUUCGAGCACGGCCAGACCAGCGACGAUGACGUGCUGCCCGCGCCGCUGCCGCCCCCGGAGCCGCCCGCCUGUCCGGUGGAGUUCACCAACGCCGGCGUCAUCAUCAACGGCCAGUCCAGCCUGCGCCGCCAGCCGCGGGAGAGCACGCGUGCCGUCUGGUUCAGCGAGCUCAGCCCGCGGGUGUUUCGGUACCCCUCUGAGUCGACACUACUGGAGGCACAACCUCCGGAGCCGGAGCCGCCCCGGUCUGAGACGGAGGCCACCACCGGCUCUGACGAGGACUGGAACGGGACGGAGGAAAGCGACCGGCCGGCACCCUCCCAGGGACUUCUCGGCUCCUCGCUGCCGGCCAACCCCGCAGCGAAACCCUCCACGCUGUCCACCUACACGUCCAGCCGCCUGGCCACGGAGGAGGCCGCCGCCUUCCAGCUGGGUGUCACGCGCGCCUCGCGGCCGCCGGCGCCCUCAGUCCCGGCGCCGGCGCCGCCCUCCGCCCCCGCCCCCGCCCAGCCUGACGAGGAGGACGCUGCCUGGAGCGCAGAGACCACUGCUGACAUGCUCUUCUGA